AUGGGAAGCAAUAAAGACGAUGGCCUAUUGAACAGAAUCCCCUUCUCAGGACCAGCAUCCAUUGGAAGCAGCCAUGUUGCCAGUCCUCAUGGUAUACCACUCCAAGAACCAUUUGGUGUUCCUUUCCACUUUGAACCUACAUAUUGGGACCAUCAAGCCUACAAUGCAUAUUCAGGAAGGUUCUCCUAUCUACCCUUUUCUGGGUAUGUAGGAGUAUAUGACUACUCUUUUGAGCCUGCCUUCAUUCGGAAAAGGAACGAGAGGGAGAGGCAGCGGGUUCGUUGUGUGAAUGAUGGCUACGCACGUCUCCGAGAUCAUCUCCCCAAGGAACUUGCUGAUAAGCGUCUCAGCAAAGUGGAGACUUUGAGAGCUGCCAUUACUUACAUCAAGCACCUUCAAAAUUUGCUGGAUUACCAUCCUUUAGGGACAAGUACUAAAGCAGCCAUUCCAGCUGCAGAGGCUGCAAGUGCCCCAGAUCUUAGUUUAAGAAGGGAAUGCAACAGUGAUGGAGAAUCUAAAACUUCAUUAGCUUCAUCCCCUUACAGUGAGUUUGAAGAAGUAUGCAGUUAG